CGCCGCGCUCCGCGGCCCGCCGGCGUCGCCCCGCGCCCCGCCUGCUCCGGCGCUGGUACCAGCUGCUGUCCGCGUCGUUACUGCGGCGCCGACACCUCAAGCGACUACAGACAUGUCUUAAGCGCACACGCACCAUGUCCGCUCCACAGCUCACUACUCUACCUCCAUCGACAACCGCUGUUCCCCAAACGCCGACAGGAACUCCUCCGACCACGCGGCACAGUACACCCGCUCGUCACUCCGCGUCUCCGCACAGUCCUGAACCGCAGGAUCAAACGAUAACCAUCCAUUCAACGCCUUCGCGGCACUCCAGCAAUCCCUCCACGCGGCAUGCGUCGCCUCUGAGUCCCACCACACCCAGGCAGAGUCCCCCGAGCACGCGUUCCACAUCCUCCGAGAGUUCCACGUCGUCCGAUAGAAGUCGCUCGCCUAUUCGCCGCUCCGCAUCCACUCGCCGCUCCGCAGCCACUCGCCGCUCCACAUGCACAAGCAGCUCCACAUCCACGCGUAAGUCUACGCCCCGACGUAGUUCCACAUCCGUCCAGAGCGUAACCCCGCCUGCACGGAGCCCCGCGCCCGUACUGACUCUCUCAUCCACACGCAGCUCCUCACCCACACUCAGUCUCUCACUGUCACAUAUUCCCCUGCCCACGCGGAGUCACUCGCUCACCCGGAGUCACUCGCCCACCCGGAGUCACUCGCCCACCCGGAGCCACACGACCACCCGGAGCCACCCGACCACCCGGAGCCACUCGCCCUCCCCGAGCCACUCGCCCACCCGGAGCCACACGACCACCCGGAGCCACCCGACCACCCGGAGCCACUCGCCCACCCGGAGUCACUCGCUCACACGGAGCCACACGUCCAGUCGGCAAUCUGCACACAGGCUUAGACGCCUGUCAACUCCCUCGUCCCUCACUCGGCGUUCUGAAUCUACGCAGCGUCGCACACCAAGUUCUACAGCAACUCGACAGCUUACACCCGGCCCAGAUGGUUCCCCAGCUCCACACUCCGCCACCACGCAAUGUCCCACACCCAUUGCAGCAACGCAACAAGCUUCUUCUAGAGGACAUUCGUCCACAUCGCAACACCCCGCAGCGGGCAGGCCCAGCACGCCGGCGCGAGGCCUGGCGUCGCCGUGCUCGGCGCCGAGCCGCCGCCCGCACACCCCCGCAGUGCGGCCCUCGCGCCUGUCGCAUGCGGACAUCGCCUCGCUGCCCACCCGGCUCUCACCCACUCACGUGGGGCGUUCCUCGACUCAUCCAAGAGUUUCACUUACGACUAAUCGGCAAAACUCGUCUCAUCAGGAAUGUAUGUCUAAUAACCAGAACCGUACAACACAUAACGAUGCUAGGAACACCGAACCCAACUUGCCGCGGCUUGAUAUCUCGGCACUUCCCAAUGUAUCAAAUACAGCGCGGGAGCUUUCGCCCACUCAAGAGGAUCCACCGCCCAAUUAUCGGGAUAUUUCGCCAAGUCUGUUUGAAUUUUCAGUGACACACUCUUCUUCAAGAUCAGUGUCGAGAUCUUUGGAUUCUCCCGUGUCCCCUCACGCGGCUGAGCCCCUGGACCCGCACACCCGCACGGACGUGAUGCGUCAGCACGUGUCCACGAUGCGCCGCCAGUACCGGGAGCUGCGGGUGCUCGCUCGCUCCUAUCGAAUGCUGAAGCGACAACAGAUACACGCUAAUGACGACCCACACUCGUAUUUGCCACCGGCGCUUGAACAAUCGAUUUUGCCAAGCUCACAAUGUAGGGCUCCAGAAAAUUACUCAAUUCUAGCAGACUUUCCUAGCAACCUUAUGGAAGGUCAAUUGCCCCCGACAGAAGCUCCUGUUAUGGAAGUAGACCCUGAUUCAGCAUCUGUAGAUCCUCCUUUAUUGGCGACGAAUAUAAAUGGAAUGUCAUAUCAGCCGCAGCAAAUGCCGCUAGAUCCUGCCAGUGCGCCUUCCACUGCGCCUCCCACUGCGCCACCCAGUGCGCGUCCCACUGCGCGUCCCACUGCGUUUCCCACUGCGCCUCCCACUGCGUUUCCCACUGCGCCUUCCACUACGUUUCCCACUGCGCCUCCCACUGCGCCUCCUUCUGUGCGUCCACCUCCGCCGCCCCCUCCGCCUCCUCCUCCGCCUCCCCCUACGCCUCCCGCUGUGCCACAAGCGUCAGGAGACCGUCCGCCGGGACAACAGCCGACAACCUCAAGCCAGCCGCCUGGUAAAGACGCGCCGACGCAGCCACCCCCCGCCUCCGCCUCCGCACCGACAGAGAAUCGCCUCAUUCGGAUGGAGCCUGUUGCUUGUCUGAUAGACGCAAACGCUUUGUAUUUAGACUCACAAUUAUUUGCAAAUGACGGAAUUCCUGUGAUAGAUGCAGAAUCAUUAUUCCCUUCAAUUACACCAGAGGAGCUUCACUCUUUCUUAAGUCGGUCUUUAGCAAGCGAUCCACAUCAUUUGCCGUUAGACUUCUACCUCAUGCAGCCCCCGCCGUCUAGCGAACAACGACCGUCGUACCCGCCGUCUGUACGCGUUCGGGUCCCAGAACUUGACCUCCCACCGCGAUACGACGAGCUUCCUCCGCAGUACACCGAACAUCCGCCUCAGCCUGCUCCGCCUCCUCAGCAGUCCACACUCCAACCCCGGCAACCCAUACGUCCGAACCAGCCAAACCCGUCCAGGCCGCCGGCCCAAAAUCGAGCAGCCGCGCCACCACAACCAGUUCCACGUAUGCAAAACUAUUCCAGCCGACCGCGCAUGCCUUCAUAUCAGCAGGCUAUGCAACAAAGUCAAUCUCAAACUCAACAUACUGUACCAAGGGAUCAGGAUCCUACACUCCAAGCUGAAGGCCAACACUUGUUAUCACAAGGCCAACAACUAUUGUCACAAGGCCAGCGGCAGGGUCAAAAUCCCGUAUCACAAGGGCAACAAAAUUUCCCACUAAGUCAGCAAUUCAUGCCACAAGGUCAGCAGCCUAUCCCACGAGGUCAGCAACCCAUAACACAAGGUUCACAACCCAUGCCGCAAGGACAGCAUCCAAUGACACAACGGCAGCUCCCACUGCCGCAAGGGCGUCAACCCAUGCAGCAGGGUUGUCAACCCAUGCAGCAAGCUUGUCAAGCCAUGCAGCAAGGUUGUCAACUCAUGCAGCAAGGACAGCAUCCUAUGACACAAGGGCAGCUCCCACUACCGCAAGGGCGUCAAUCCAUGCAGCAGGGUUGUCAAGCCAUGCAGCAAGCUUGUCAACCCAUGCAGCAAGAGCAGCAUCCUGUCCCUCAACAUCGGGUUCCCCUGUGGCAAGGGCAGCAAGCCAUACGGCAAAACCAAUAUCCUAGCUCAUCAGGGCAGAUACCCAUUUCGCAAGUGCAGCACUCGGUAUCUCAAAGUCAGCAACCCAUGCCGCAAGGACAGCAUUCUGUUCCACCUUAUCAGCCAUCCAUGUCGCAAAGGCAGCAUACGGCUCCACAAGCUCUUCCAGCCUUCUCACGGGGCCAGGAUCCUAUCUCACAAUCUCUUCCUUUUAUGCAACAGUGUGCUAGGCCGCAAAGCCAACAUCCUAUGUCACAAGCGCUACAUCCUUUUUCAAACGAGCAGCAGUACAUGUCGCAAAGGCAGCCACUCAUACAGCAAAGCCAGCAACAAUAUCAGCAGGCAAUGUCGCAAAGCCACCCAGCGGCGCAGCAGACGUGCUGGCACGACGCGGCGGCGCUGCGGCGCGUGGCGGGCGCGCGGCGGCGGCAGUUCGUGCGGCUGCUGCGGCGGUUCCGCGCGGAGCUGCUGUCGCUGCGGUCGCGCGGCACGGCGGCGCUGCGCGCGCACUACGUGCCGUUCGACGCGCACUUCAUGCCGACGCUGCGGCGCUUCACGGCGCUGCUGCAGCAGUUCCGCGCCGCGCCGCCGCCGCGCGACGUGCGGCGCCCGCGCGGCACCCGCGAGCGCUACGUCAGCUUCGACGCGCUCGAGUCCUGCAUACUCGACAACAUCGACGACUUCCUGCGAGAGUACGAGGCCGGGGCCGAAGUGCCCAUCUAACACGUACCUCUUUCAUCGACAUCGGUUAUUUUUUGCUUUAAAAACACAACUUUCUUUUUUUUUAUUAUUUACUGGGUUUGGCAAAUUAUUUUAUUUUUAAUGCAAUGUUUACAACGAUAAGCAGAAGUUAUUCUAUAUCGUAUCGACACAGGUUAGGUAUACGCCUAGCCCUCGCGUUGCCAAACUGAAUGACGCGUGCCUUUAUCCUGGCAUUGAAUUUACGAAACAUUUAACCCAAGGUAUUGUUACCUUUUACCUGUAUACUAAUCAACCAUUUCAAACAUGUAUCUCAAUUUAUAUUUUAUCAUUUGAUAUUGUAAACGUAGUGUAGCUCUAUGAUAAUAAGCGUAUUUUUCAAUGUUAAGUAAUCCUUUAGUUAAGUAAACAAUGUAACUUUCUGUCGACUAAUGAUAUGUUAUCUAUAUUAAAAUAACUGUAGCCUUGUGUAAUACAUGGACAUCUCAACUAAAA